AAACAAAUAUAAUUUCAGUACGAAACCGGAAAAUCGCGCGUUAGAAUAUUAAUUAAACAGAUUUCGUACGAUGAAAAUGAUUUCGAUAGAUCAGGCCAUAUGAACCUGUGGUUUAGCGUUCUUUAUUGAAUGUAAAUAAGGAAGUAAAGUUAUACACACCAAUAGUUGUUGUAAUAUUUCAACAGGAAAGAAAAGUUUUGUUCAAUAAAAGUAUCUGAUAUCAUUGAAUAGUGAUGGCAAUGAUCAAUAUCUGUUUGCUUCUCGGUUUAAUUAUAUAUGUUGAAAGCCACGAUGAUAUUCUGUGUCCUUUCGAUUUGUGUAAAUGUACAAAAGUUCGCGCCAUCUGCUCUGGUGAAGAUCUAACUUAUAUUCCACGUUUUCCAAAAGACGUUGUAUCGUUUACUUUUUGUAAUGGAAAUCUUGGCAUACUAUCAAAAGAAAUUACUAAAAACCUAACUUUCAAUGUUAUAUCUGUUCUUAGAUUUAUCAACAAUACCAUAGUUCGACUGGAGCCUGAUGCAUUUUCUUCUUUCGUGACAAUAAAGACAUUGAGAAUCUCAUCCGAACUAUCACUGCCAGCAACAGAUGUAAUGAAUGCAUUAAACACUAUGAAACUUACACGUUUAAAAUCAUUAGUGCUAACAAGCAACGGAUGGAGAUUUCUUCCAGACGACAUGUUUAAGGCAGUAAAAGCGAAUACAUUUGAUAUAAACCUCAACGGAAAUAAUCUGCAACUGUUGAAUUUGUCAUGGUUUUCAAAUAUAUCCCGCCAGCUAACUCUUAGAGUCAGUUUUAAUAAAAUUUCAACAAUUAUACCAGACAGUGUUUUCAGUCUAGAGAAACUUUGUCUAGACAGCAAUGAAAUCACAAAAUUUCCAAAAUUUUGCAUAAAUAAUGGUAAUAACAGUGCACUUCCUAAGUUAAGAUAUUUAUCCCUUAGCAACAACAAAUUUGGAAAUAUUGGAGCAUUUCGAUGUUUUCCGGGGGUAAAAAUAUUGAAAAUUGGCUACAAUUCGAUCGGUAGAAUUGCUUACAAUACUUUUACAGGGUUGAACAAAUUAACUAAUCUCACACUACGAGCUAUUGGAAAACCUUUGAAAAAAAUUGAAGAUGGUGCUUUUAAUUUAUCGUCAUUAGAAAUGUUAUCGCUCCGAGAAUGUCGUUUCCAUUUUGAUCGUCUAUCACCUUCGUCACAACGUACAAUGCUGUCAAAUUGCUAUGAUUUAAUAUUUCUUGAUAUUAGCGGAAAUUAUUUAGAUUCAAUCAUUUUGUCAAGGAUAAUAAAACAAUUACAACGAUUAACUUAUCUUAAUUUGGAAAACACAAGGCUUGGCUUUUUGCCUAGCAAUGUAUUUCCUGAACUGCCACAUAUAGAAACUCUUAUCUUGUCAAUGAAUCGAAUAUAUGGAUGGGACAGAGAUGUGUUUGCUUAUGUGACAUCACUACACAAUCUAGAUCUAAGUCAUAAUUUGAUAAAGAUAAUAAACGAAUCAUCUUUUCCAACUGCGUUACUUAUAAAUUUGAAAUCGAUAAGUCUAGCAAAAAAUCCAUUUGCGUGUACUUGUGAGCAGAUAUGGUAUGUCAGCUGGUUACGAAAGACAAAUAUAACGCUUUUACAGUACCCAAAAUGUUAUUAUUGUACCACACCAGACAAUUAUAAUGGAGUUUUGUUAAAAGAUUACAAACCUUCCUUUUUGUCGUGCAACCCAAUGUUUUUGGUUGUGAUUUCUAUUUCUGCACUUGCUUGCCUGCUUAUAUUAACAAUGGUAAUUUUUCUGAAAUGUAAUACAAAUGUUAAGAACUUUUUGUAUCUUCUCAAAGUUAAACAGUUUAGAAGACAGGGGUAUCUUCCUAUUUUGAAUAGCGAUGAUUAUGAAUAUCAUGCUUUUGUUGUUUACUGUAAUGAAAACCGAAUGUGGGUUCACAACGACUUUGUCAAAAAACUUGAAAAUGAGGAGGGAUUUAAGUUAUGCAUUCAUCACAGAGACUUUGAUAUAGGUGUAUCUAUCAGUGGAAACGUUGAUAAAUACCUUCAAAAUUCUUGGAAGGUUGUUGUUAUAAUAUCAAAUGCAUUUGCUAAAAGUGAAUGGUGCCAGUGGGAGGUCGAUAUAAUUCAGGAGAGGAGACGUCAACAUGGCCGAAAUGCACUUCUGUUAGUUAUGCUUGAAAAUAUCACAUCGAAAAAUAUGACAAGUCCUCUCCGUACUUUAUUAGACAGUACCCCCCAUCUGAGGUACAAAAAAGGAAUUGGUGAAAAUAUAUUUUGGACUGCAGUAGUCGAAGAUCUUCGAAAAGCCAUCGGACAACCCCCAGUAUCUGAAUUAUAGAUAUUAUAUUUGAUUUAACUUUUGCUUAGUUGAAAUGUGCGCCAAAGUUCACUUUUUAAUUGAUAUUAAGUUACUAAAUGCGUUAUGGGUACUUUUUUUUUUAUUAUUGUUCAUAUAGAUUCAUUCUCUUAUAACUUUCAAAAUUCUUUUUUUUUCUAUAUUUGUAAUGAUUUACUAAUAAAAAAAAACUUCUUGUUGUAUAUAAUGUCUCUGCAAUUAAACAUUGUAGAAAUUAUGAAUAAUUUUAUAUCAACUGGUGCUUACUGUUUUCUUCGUUUAUAUUUUUCCAUUAUUCUAAAAAUAACUGUAAGUCAAAUGAAUAAAAAAAAUAACACCAAGAGCAAAAUUUACUAGGCGGCAAACAGCAUAACUCAAAACACGUCGCAGAAAUAUUAAAAAACGAUCAAAAUAAAAUAACAAAAACUCAGAGAGGGGUCGAUGCUUGGGUGUUUUAUUUUUUUAAAUUCGAGGGGAUAUUUUAACUCCUAAAGGUGUCACACCUAUUGCACUUGUGAGAAGUCAUGAAUAUGGAAAAUCUCCCGUCGCUACAAAUCAGAAUGAUAAAUUAAUGUUCAAAUAGUUAGCCAAUCAAUCAAACGCUAAACGUUUCAUUGAUUUUUUUUUUAGCAUUAGAGAUCGUCCCUUUUUUGCCAAAGAUUGUCGAAGCCGUUAUUGCAAUGUUACAUGAAUCACUAUAUAGGACUUUUAGUAGUGUAAUUCCUCGAUGGCAAAAUAAGUUUUGAAAUCAUUUAAUUUUAGUAAUGGUAUAAACAUGUAUAUGUUGUCAGUUAUUUUUCUUUCAUGUUCUGUUUGCUAUUUACUCUCUUGUGCAAAUCUAUUAUGGUUGUAAACAGAUAAAACAAAAUGUAUACUGUAGGAAUCAAAACACUCUUAAGAAUUGUGUACAUGCAUAUGAUGCCAUCAGGAUUUGUGAAUUUGUCGACGCAGCAAUUCUAGAAAUAGUCUACUUUAUUUAAACGAAAAUUCGUGUACCAACACCAUAUUGUUUUUUUUGGGGAAAUGUAUGGAAGAUUUCAUGAUGUAAGACAAAUUUAUAUAUAUAUUCGGAGUAAAGUAUGACGUCCCUUAUCAUUAAACUAGUAUACAUUUUUGUUUAGGGACCAGCUGAAGCACUCCUCCGGAUGCGGGAUUUUCUCUCUGUAUUGAAGACCUAUUAUUGGCCUUCCGCUGUUUUUUGCUCUUUGGUCGGAUUGUUGUCUCUUUGACACAUUUCCCAUUUCCAUUCUAAAUUUUAGCUUAUUACAUGUGCUUUCUAUACACCUAUUGUGAAAGAAUACAAUCAAUUAUAUUUUAGACAAUA